GAGUCCCGGUAUGUAACCAGCACAUCAAAAUUUCGAUAUGAAGGUCUGGUUAAGUGUUUGAGUAGACGAUGAUUUAUGGGUUUGCAGAGAAGUCCAUGGUGUCUAUGCUCCAUUUUGCCAGGACAAACUUUUACCUAUAGUUUUAUCCUUGAUCGGCCUGGAACGCACUUGUACUACUCCCAUUACAGCAUGCAAAAGGUAGCGGGACUGUAUGGGUGGAUCCGGCUUUCGCCGCCGUACGGUGUCACUGAGCCAUUUGCCUAUGACUACGAGCAGAGCGUCAUCCUCAACGACUGGUACAACAAAAGCAGUAAUGACCAAGCCUUCUAUUGGGAUGUGGAGCCUGAGUCGCUACAAAUUCAAGGGAAGGGAAAGUUCGAUAGCUCCAAAUCGGCCACUCCAAGCUUGGAUACAAUGGCUUAUAACGCGACCAUUCCUGCAUAUCUGAACUGGACAAUCGUCCCUGGGAAAACAAAUCGCCUCAGGAUUUCAAGCGUGGCCAUUCAAUAUGCUCUCAGCUUUCAAAUUGAGGGUCACAACCUGACCGUAGUUGAAGCAGAUGGGUACUAUGUAGAGCCAUUUGUUGUCCAAAACCUGUUCAUCUACCCGGGGGAGACGUACUCUGUCUUGAUCAAAGCUGAUCAAGACCCAUCGAGAAACUACUGGAUCACGAGCAACAUUGUUGGCUGGAACGCCGCUGCCAUAGCCCCUCCCGGUCUCAACGUGCUCAAUUACCACCCGAACCAUUCAAACCAUGUCCCGCCCACAGAUCCACCUACGGGCCCGAUUUGGAACGACGUGGCUCCGCAAUUGGCACAGAGCAUAGCGAUCAAAGCCCGACGAGGAUAUGUCCGCACUCCAUCACCCAGAGCACACCGCAUGAUUGUGUUACUCAUCACACGGAACGAGAUUGACGGUUAUUUCCAUUGGUCCGUGAAUUAUGUGUCGCUCACCCUCCCCCGCACACCGUACCCAAUUGCCCUCAACGAGAAUCUCCACCAUGUGUUCGAUCAAAGCCCACCACCCGACCAUCUUCCCGGCUAUGCAGAUUCCAACGACUACCGUGUCGUGGACAAAACCAAUGCCACCUCUAGCGACUUGAUCUACAGACUGAAGUUCAACACUACAGUGGACAUCAUUUUGCAAAAUGCAAACACCAUGACAGCGAACAACAGCGAGACAAUCCCAUGGCACCUUCAUGGCCACGAUUUCUGGGUCCUUGGGUACGGGAGGGGGAGAUUUAACGUCGCCAAUGACCCGAAGAAGUACAAUUUGCUGAACCCGAUCAUGAAGAGCACGGUAGCAGUCCAUCCUUAUGGGUGGACCACCCUGAGAUAAGGAUGGACCGCCCUGAGAUUCGUGGCUAAUAAGCCGGGCAUGUAGGCGUUCCUUUGCCAGAUAGAGAUGGUGGCUAAUUGUUAACACUUUUUCGUUUGU